CCCCCCCCUUUCCUGGCUCUCCCGGCCGCCGCCGGAAGCAUGGGCGCGGGCUGGGAGCUGGGGGCUGCGGCGGGGCGCUCGCUGCUGCUGUGCGUCGCGCUGCUGGUCGGGGGCUGCGCGCUGGGCCUGCGCCUGGGCCGCGGGCGGGCGGCGGCGGACCGCGGCGUGCUCGCCUGGCUGUGCUAUGACGCCCUGGUGCACUUCGCCCUGGAAGGCCCUUUUGUCUACUUGUCUUUCGUAGGAAACAUCGCAGAUUCCGAAGGCUUGAUUGCUUCAUUGUGGAAAGAAUAUGGCAAAGCUGAUGCAAGAUGGCUUUAUUUUGACCCAACCAUUGUGUCUUUGGAAAUUCUGACUGUUGUCUUGGAUGGGUCUCUGGCAUUGGUCCUCAUUUAUGCCAUAGUCAAAGAGAAAUAUUAUCGGCAUUUCCUACAGAUUACCCUGUGCGUGUGUGAAUUAUAUGGCGGGUGGAUGACCUUCUUCCCAGACUGGCUUAUGGGAAGCCCCAACCUCAACACCGACAGUUGGCUCUACUUUGGGGUCUAUCUGGUAUUUUUCAAUAGUGUGUGGGUUCUGAUCCCAGGACUGUUACUGUGUCAGUCAUGGGUAGAACUCAAGAAAAUGUAUUACAAAGGAACCAGUUCAGGGAAAAAGUUUCAGUGACUUUUCAAAAUCACAAACACUGAUUUCUUGCUUUAUAAGCCAGAAUGGAUCAAACCUUCUUGUUUGGCCAAAAUGUAAUGCAUUCCAGUGUAUACUUUCCUUUUAUAGUGUUGUUCCUCAGCAGCUUAUUUCAAAUUGAUUGCAAGGUGGCAAGUCUUUGUUUUUGUUUUUGUUUUUGUUUUUCAAUUAAAUGACAAUAUGGGGAACAGAGAGUAAAUUUUAACUUGUAAUAAUAACAUGUUUAAUUAUACACUUUUAUGGCUCUAUUAAUUGGUCCACAUUAUUAAAGCCAAUUAUCAUAAAAUGCUAUAGAGCAUAUUAUAUUAAUUUUUUAUUCCAAGAACAUGUUGUUGCCUCAGCUUUUUUAAAAAUGUAAAUAAAUCCAAGUUAGUUAA